AUGUGAUUUUGUGAAUUUGUGUUUGUGCAAAAUUAAUUGUAGACUGUGUUAAUAGUAUUUUUGGAGCAAAGUUCCCAAAAAAACGUACCGCUUGGUAGUAAUAUGAGUAAUGUUACCAACCAAAAUGGAACAGGUCUAGAGCAGCAGCUUGCUGGUCUGGACUUGCAGCCUCAGGCUCCUAAGAGUGCUGGCCGCUACAUCCCCCCGCACCUGCGUAGGCAGUUGCAGGCCAACACUUCUCACGACGAAGAGUCUAAGCGCCCUAGCUUAGACGCUCGUCCUCCCGAGUCGCGGGAACCCCGUCCAUCAUUCGGAGGCAGCUCUAGGGGUUACGACCGUGGUGGUCGGCGCGACGACCGCGACCGUGACCGCGACCGUGACCACGAUCGCGGCUACGAAUCGCGAUAUCCGCGCAGGGACCGCGAAGAGUCCGAUUUAGGUCGUGAUUCUGGAUAUCAAAAUGGAGACACGGAACGAUGGGUCGAUAGCGAUCGCUGGGGCGAGCGCGACCGCGAACGCGAGCGCGGUGGACGCGGAAUUGGCGCGGGAGGGCGCGAUAUGGGGCGCGAGCGCGAGGUGGUUCGCGACGUGCGACGCGACGACGACUACAAGGACCCGCCGCCGCCGCGCAACGACCGCUGGAAGGAGCCGGAGCCGCGCCACGAUGACCGCAAUAACUCGCGCUGGCCCUCCGACGAUGUGCGUCGAACAAGUACUCGCAGGGACGAGAAUGACUGGACAGUCCCGCUACCUCGCGACGAGCGGCAGGAGCUGGAGCUCUUUGGCACUGGUAACACGGGCAUUAACUUCUCCAAAUACGAGGAUAUUCCGGUGGAGGCGAGCGGGGACCGCGUACCGGAUUUCAUCACUAGCUUUGAGGAAGUUAACCUGACAGAAAUAAUGCGCUCGAAUAUAGCGCUCGCCCGCUACGACAAGCCGACGCCGGUGCAGAAGUACGCGAUCCCGAUAGUGCUCGGACGCAGGGACGUGAUGGCAUGUGCGCAGACUGGCUCCGGUAAGACAGCGGCGUUCCUCGUGCCGAUACUCAACCAGAUUUACGAAGCCGGACCCGUUAAAAACAUGGGGCCGUACAACCGACGCAAACAGUGCCCCCUGGGCUUGGUACUGGCUCCCACUCGUGAGCUCGCUACUCAGAUUUACGACGAGGCAAGGAAAUUCGCUUACCGCUCCCGUGUGCGACCUUGUGUUGUAUACGGUGGGUCACCGAUACACGAACAGUUCCGCGAGUUGGAGCGCGGAUGCCACCUUCUCGUGGCAACUCCGGGCCGGCUCGUCGACAUGCUAGCGCGUGGCCGCGUUGCGCUCGACCACUGCCGCCAUCUAGUCCUCGACGAGGCCGACAGAAUGCUCGACAUGGGUUUCGAGCCGCAGAUCCGCAAGAUCGUCGUGGGUCACACCAUGCCAAAGACCGGCGAGCGACAGACGCUCAUGUUCUCCGCCACUUUCCCAAAGCAGAUUCAAGUGUUGGCGCAAGAUUUCCUUUUCAACUACGUGUUCCUGGCUGUAGGACGAGUCGGGUCUACGUCUGAAAAUAUUACUCAGAAGGUGGUGUGGGUGGAAGAGUCACAAAAGAGGUCGUUCCUGCUGGAUUUGCUGAACGCCUCCAACCUGCUGCAACGCUCGCGACAGGAGGAGGACCAACUCACUCUUGUUUUCGUUGAGACUAAGAAAGGCGCGGAUCAACUAGAGGAAUAUCUGGACACGGAAGGGUACCCAGUGACGUCUAUUCACGGCGAUCGCACUCAGCGCGAACGUGAAGAGGCACUUCGUCGCUUUCGCACUGGACAGACGCCCAUCCUUGUUGCUACAGCAGUAGCUGCUCGAGGCUUGGACAUACCCCACGUGCGCCAUGUGAUCAACUUCGAUCUUCCGUCGGACGUGGAGGAGUACGUGCACCGCAUAGGGCGUACUGGCCGCAUGGGCAACCUCGGCGUCGCCACUUCCUUCUUCAACGACAACAACCGCGGGCUGGCCCGCGAUUUAGUUGAGCUGCUGGUCGAAGCGAAGCAAGAUGUGCCCAACUGGCUGACGGACACGGCGGCCGACGGUCGCUUGGGCGGUGGGGGUCGACGCACGGGCGGUAGCCGCUCGAGCGGAGGACGCUUCGGCGGCACCGGCUUCGGCGCACGCGACUUCCGUACGCAGCCACGCCAGCCACCGCGCUCUGCUGGACCCUCUUCCAUUGGCUCUGGUUUCGCGUACGGAGGCGGCGGCGGUUCAUAUGGCGGUAACUACGGCGGGUCGUACAGCGGCGGCGGCGGCAGCAGCGGCGGGCCCGAUUGGUGGGACUCGUAAGCUGACACACGCGCACCGCCCUCCUCACACGGCCACUACUGCGCCACAUAAUAACCACACCGAGCCUGUUCGUCGUAAAUUACCAUAUAAUGUAACAUCUAUGGCGACGGCUACGUCGCUUAGCCCCGUAGCCUAGGUGAUUCUAAAUCGUCUUCGUCUACGACCAACGAGCGGACGUGAACGGUGGUGAUUAUGUAGGCUUCUGUCCUACUCCUUCGUUUAUAACUUAAGCGAUGUAAAACUUCUAGAUUAAUAUAUUAUUUUUAUUCGUUACUUUGUAUCUCGAUUACGAAUCAUGCGUACCUGGAGCCGAAGGUCGGCAAAUACCCAGUCAUACCCAGUCGUGAAUAUUGCAGUUGGUGGACUGUGGUUCGUAAGCGGGACGCGCGAUAUCGGACUGAAAUUGACCGUGACUAUUUAAUGAUAGGUUGAUAAUUGUUUAUACGAUGGACGAGAGCGGUGCGAGAGAGAAGUGCACGAGGGCCGGGGGGCGUGCGAGGGCGCUGAAUCUCAGGCUCGAGCCCGGCCGCCGCCCCCCCGGCACGUUUCUUGAUAUAUUACAUAGAUUCACUGAAGGCUUAACAAAUGUCUGUGAAUUUACCCGCGAGAGCGAUAGAUCGCAAUUAACGGAGUUAGCGUAAAUUAUUAUGAUGAUGAUCACACGUUUCGUUUGCGUCACGCCAAAAGUGACACGCACGCGUUUUGUCAUAUUUAAUUAACGGAUAUGUGGAAAUAGUUGAUUAAUAUAGAAAUAUUUUUGAUCUGUAUCGUGAAUGCG